AUGCCGAUGCCUCACGAAUCGAUCCACGAUCCCGAUGCUCCGCCGGACCCCCUGCGGGACUGGUAUGUCAACGAGAUCUGGGGCCGGCGGACCACCGACGAUGACGCGCUGUUCGAGGUGAUGAGCCUGCAGAUUGACGCUGUAGCUGCCCUCGGGCCCGAUGAUGUGGAGCGAUUGCGCCAGGACGGCGGAAUCGUCCGCAACCGUCUAAAGAUCGAGGCCGUGAUCGAAAACGCCCGCCGGGCACAGGCUCUCGGCGACCAGCACGGCGGCUUCUGCCGGUGGUUGUAUGAAACGCUGGAGGGCCACGAGUAUCCGCCUCUGGCUCGGGAACUGCGCCGCACCUUCAAGUUCAUGGGACCGGAAAUAGCCCGGAUGUGGUUGAUGGCCUCGGGCCGGAUUACCCGCGAGGAGGGUGACAAGUACCGGCCCGGCAGAGCCAACUAA